UGAUGCUGACGAGGCAGAGAAGAGUCUCUCCAGAUCAGAACACCAGAUGGACAAUGCUAGCCCUUCCUCCCUGCUGCAGUCCCUGUGUCGUGCCUCUCCCAGUAGCGCCUUACUGCUGGGUAUGAAGAGGUUGUCUGUGCUGCUGGUGGACUGCAGGAAAACAACGGGGCUGAGUGGAACUGUGAGAGGAGGAGAAGAGAAGAAAGGAUCAGAUUUGACUCACCGAAGAGAAAGACCAGACUCAGUGGAACCAGAGCCAGGGACGUCCAAACCCGCAAGACGACACCAGUGCUCCUACUGUGGAAAGGGUUGUAACGGGUUAUGGGCCCUGAAACGACAUGAGAGAAUACACACAGGGGAGAAGCCUUAUCACUGCUCCCAGUGUGGCAAGUGUUUUAACCAUUUAGGGAACCUGAAACUACAUGAGAGAAUACACACAGGGGAGAAGCCUUACCACUGCUCCCAGUGUGGCAAGUGUUUUAACCGGUUAGGGAGCCUGAAACAGCAUGAGAGAAUACACACAGGGGAGAAGCCUUACCAGUGCUCCCAGUGUGGAAAGUGUUUCUACUGGUCAGGGGAUCUGAAGAAACAUGAGAGAAUACACACAGGGGAGAAGCCUUACCACUGCUCCCAGUGUGGGAAGAGUUUUAGCGAGUUAUUUCACCUGAAAAGACAUGAGAGAAUACACACGGAGAAGCCUUACCACUGCUCCCAGUGUGGAAAGUGUUUCAACCAGUCAUGGAAGCUGAAACAGCAUGAGAGAAUUCACACGGAGAAGCCUUUUCACUGCUCUCAGUGUGGCAAGUGUUUUAAUCAGUUAGGGAACCUGAAACAGCAUGAGAGAAUACACACGGAGAAGCCUUUUCACUGCUCUCAGUGUGGCAAGUGUUUUAAUCAGUUAGGGAACCUGAAACAACAUGAGAGAAUACACACGGAGAAGCCUUUUCACUGCUCCCAGUGUGGAAAGUGUUUCAACCAGUCAGUGAAGCUGAAACGGCAUGAGAGAAUUCACAAAAGGGAGCCUUACCACUGCUCCCAGUGUGGCAAGUGUUUUAAGCAGUUCGGGAACCUGAAACUACAUGAGAGAAUACACACAGGGGAGAAGCCUUACCACUGCUCCCAGUGUGGCAAGUGUUUUAAUCAGUUAGGGAGCCUGAAACGGCAUGAGAGAAUUCACAAAAGGGAGAAGCCUUACCACUGCUCCCAGUGUGGCAAGUGUUUUAAGCAGUUCGGGGAACUGAAACUACAUGAGAGAAUACACACGGGAGAUGCCUUACCAUUGCUCCCUGUGUGGAAAGUGUUUCAACCAGUUAGGGCACCUGAAACAACAUGAGAGAAUACACACAGGGGAGAACCCUCACCACUGCUCCCAGUGUGGAAAGAGUUUUAACCAUUUAUAGAACCUGAACGUUCAUGAGCUAAUACACACAGUUAAAUGUUUUUCCAGAAUCCACACAGGAGAGAGAAAUUACUUCUCUUAGCAUGUAUAUUGAUAUUUCACUUCUCAUUUUUCUUACAAUUCAUCAGAGAACAAACACAGUGCUCCCGUUGUCUUAUAUUGUUGACUGAUAAUGUGUUUACCUGUUUUUACCAGAUGAAAUUGCUUCUUCCAAUUAUUGAUAAACAUGUACAUGUUAAGAAAGGGACUGUUAGAACUGUUCCAUGGAUUGAUGAGGAAUUUAAAAACUGUAUGUUUGAAAGAGUUGGGGCAAAAGGAGUGGCUAAUAAGUCUGGCUGCACAUCUGGCCGGCUGUUUUAUGUACUGCAAAUUGAGAAAUUAUGUGA